AUGGAGCAAAGAAAGCCAAGUGACAGCACUACAAUUGGGAAAGUAGCAGCUCAUGUCCCCGAUCUCAUCGUAUAUGGUGAUUUCUCCCAGGAGCUCCCUUUCAUUGAGAGUUUUGAUGGAGUAUUGCUUUUUGCAGACAUUUCAGGUUUUACUGCACUGACGGAGAAGUUUAGCACGGACACCAGUCUGGACUGUGGCGCUGAGCAGCUAACGCAGACCCUCAAUCAUUAUGUAGGGGAUAUUGUGGAAAAGGUGCUGAUUUAUGGAGGCGAUAUCUUGAAAUUUGCAGGGGAUGCACUGCUAGCACUGUGGAGAGUGCAACGAAGCCAGAUGAGCGAUAUCAUUACAUUGGCGCUGAAAUGUAGCCUGAGGAUCCAGAAAGAGUAUGGGGUUCGUGAAACUGAAGUGGGUCUGAAGCUCCAAGUGAAGAUAGGGCUAUCUGCAGGUCACAUCUCCAAAGUUGUUGUUGGAGACAAUAAGCACCAAUAUUUUCUGGUACUUGGCCGAGCAGUGGAUGAAGUUCGGUUGGCCCAAAACCUAGCAAAAGCAAGCGAGGUUAUUCUAUCGCCGAACUGCUGGGAACUCUGUAACAGGAACAUGAUAGAAAUAGAAACAAUUAAAGAUCAAAGAUCUGUUAAGGCUAGAUACAUAAAGAACAUCUCUGAGAUUGAGUUCGACGAGUUCUUCUGGAAAUGUACCGAAUACCUACAGCACUACCCCACGGGUGAAAAUAACAGUAUCCUCAGAGCAACCUCCACAUUGUCUCCUAAUGAUGAGUUGGAGAAAUCUCUCCGGAAGUAUGUGAUGAGAAACAUUCUGAAGAAGAUCGACGACAACCAGCCUCUAGAAUAUUUAUCUGAGCUUCGGCCGGUCACAAUUGUCUUUGUGAACCUGCAGUUUGACAAAAGCGUCAGAACCUUGGAUCUGUGCAAGGUCAUCCACGAUGUCAGUGUGAAGAUCUCAAACAUCAUCCACGUCUUCAGCGGCAAAAUCAACAAAGUCUUUAUGUUUGACAAAGGCUGCACAUUCCUGUGUGUGUUCGGGCUCCCUGGGGAUAAGCAGGCUGACGAGAGCGCCCACGCCUUGGACAGCGCAUUUAAAAUCUUCAAUUUCUGUUCUAAGAUGUCCAUGAAAAUAAAGAUAGUUUCCAUCGGAGUUACCAGGGGGUCAGUGUUCUGCGGAAUAGUUGGCCAUCAUGCAAGGCACGAAUACACAGUCAUUGGCCAGAAGGUGAAUCUCGCUGCCCGGAUGAUGAUGUAUUAUCCGGGGUUAGUGUCCUGUGAUGCAGUGACCUAUGCCAACUCCAGGCUGCCUCAUUGCUUCUUUGAAGAGCUCCCCCAGGCUGAGAUGAAAGGAGUUGUGAAUCCCGGCGUGGUCUAUCAUUAUCUUGGCAUCAGUGAGAAACCAAUGAUUGGCCAAGCGCAGCUCACCAAGGAGAGGUCUGAGUAUUACCACUUACUGGGUCGGGAAAAAGAGCUUGAAAUCUAUAACUCUUCGUUGAAAGGAUUUGUGGGGUCUACAGUAGGCCGCGUCAUAAUAUAUGAAGGCCUUAUGGGCUAUGGAAAGAGCAAGUUACUUGCUGAAAUUGCCUACUUAGGCCAGGAGGCUGGCCACAAGGUUAUUGCUAUGGAGCUGACGAAGAUAAAUGUGCAGCAGAAUUUUUUUGUCAUCCAGACACUCAUGGCCAUGUUUCUGGGGAUUGAGGCCUGUAAAUCUGAUGCUGAAAGACAGAAAAUCCUCCAAGACAAACUCCGAAGUGUGGUAGAAGAGUCCUACUAUUGCCUCCUGAAUAACAUCUUUCUUGUCAAGUUUCCCACCUCUGCCGAGGUUUCUGAAAUGGAUCAUGAAACAAGGACAGAGGAGAUGGAACUAAUUCUUGUGAAAAUACUGCAGAAGGUAGUGGAGAAAAACAUUCUCAUUUUUGUCAUUGAUGAAGCCCACUUCAUUGAUCCUGCAUCAUGGGAAUUUCUGGACGACUUGCUCUCCAGCAUCCCUGUGUUUAUGGUCAUGUCUCUAUCUCCUCCCGGCCGCCAAGCAUGGCCUACUUGUGUCUCUGCUGCGAACAUCAUUAACAGCAGAAAGACCACCUAUGUUCAGCUGCGGGAGCUAAAACCCUCUGUGAUCCUGCAAAAAGCCUGCGAGGACCUUGGGGUGGUCAGCGUCUCCCGGGAGCUAGAAAUGGGGCAGGUGAUGACUUACCCACCCAUCUAUCUUCAUUAUUCCAGCCAGCUGAACACAGCUGUCACCAAUGCCAUCCCCUCCAAAACGGAAUCGCCUUCCAGCUCAGACAACGAAUUGUACAUUUGCACCAUUCGCCAGAAUGUCAAGUUGCAAAAUAUUAUGCUGCCCCCUACCUUAAAAGGCAUCGCACUGGCUGAGUUAGACAACAUGAACUCUUCGGAGCAGAUGGUAGUGAAAUGUGCGGCUAUCAUCGGGCUGACUUUCACGACUGAGUUGCUGCUCCACAUCCUUCCCGAAUGGACCAAGAGGAAGAUGAAUCAGACGCUUGCAGCCCUGGUGGAUUCCCACAUCUUCAAGUGUUUUCAUAAAAGAAAGGACUCCCAGAAAGCACAGUCACAGGAAAUGCCCUCCACAGAGUUACUUGUUUGCCCCGGGACGGUGAGACCAAUUGGACAAGUGUCAGAUAUCCGCUCUUCUGUUUAUAACCGAAUCAAGCAAGAGCAGCUGUUGAUACAAUGCGGCGUCAUGGCGUUUUGCAUGCCAAUGCUGCAGGAAGCGGCCUACGAGUGCUGGCUGAAGAGCCAGAAGAAAGCCUUACAUCUGAAGUGUGCAAGCUAUCUAGAAGGGCAGGCUCACAAAUGCAGACGCUGCGGAGAAGGGGACUUCAUUUCAUUUCACCGCCACGCCGUGGAAAUGAUGCUGGAGAGCAUCGAGUCUCAGGAAAACAUUUCUGAGCAGCACCAGGAAUACCCAUUCAGCGAAGCAGCCUCACUGAUCAUUUGCACAACCCUGAAAAGGCUUGAGGGUCCUUCAUUUGAAGGGAUGGAGAGAAAAGCUGUGACAGCCGAGGCUUCCCUAAGCAGCACGUGCUCCCCUGAAAGUGUCCAGAUGACAAGUGAAGACAUCACUACCUCUACUUUCUCCAAGAAGUUAGAGUUAUUACUUCCACAAGACAUUGAGAAAGAGACUGAAAAGGCACUAAAGAAACACAAGAUGUUGCCAGAGGCACUAAAGAAACACAAGAAGUUGCCAGAGGAAAAUCUUAAAGCUGAAGAGAUAGAGAAGGAGUUUCUGGAAAGGCUGGACGAGAUCAUUCAGCAGUCUGACAGGGAUUGGGAGAAGAUCAAGCGCUUGGGAUCCUGCGAAUGUGAAGAGAUCGUGGAGGCUGUCUUUGUGCCCCUGGCCCGGCACUGCAUGGCGAUGGGAGAAUACACCAGAGGCUUGUAUUACUUGUUGGAGUGUGCAGCGGCUUACUUACAUCUGUCAAACAACUACAUGGCCUUUUGCAAUUUGAAUACAGCAGAGAAUCUGAUCAAAUCGGUGGACUUCAGAGCAACUGUAAUUAACCAGUUUGAGGAAGCUACCUUCUACAGACUGAAGGGUGAGCCAGCCAAAGUGGGGGAGCAGAUGUCUCCCGUCCUUCCCAAUGCCCACAGGGAGAAGAAAUUAGCUUUCCUGUACCAGCAGGGCCACUGCCUUUCCUUAUUGUGGCAACUUUUCAGCCUGGACACUGCUACAAACAGCAAGAAGUUCUGUCACCUGGCAGCACUCAUGAAGGUGAACUCAGCAGAGGAAUCAGAGGAUGAGAGCCAGAUCAUUUCAUCCUAUUCGGAAUUCUCACUCUGCUGCCAGAUGAUGGGUAACGAAGAUAAAUGGAUGAAAUAUGAGCUGAUGGCCAUCCAGCGUAGCUCUCACCUCCGGGUUAUCGGAGGAGGGCUAUUAACAACAGUUAAAUUAGCACAGUCAUUGGCCUCUAUGAAGCUCUGCUUGGGUAACCUGCCCUUAUCUAUUCAAUUAGGCUAUCGAGCCCAUGAAAUGUGUGUGCGUCUGAAGAAACCGAAGCUGGACUAUCUGGUUCUCUGCAUGCUCUUCAAAGCUCUCUUUCUGAGCACCAGGUACCAAGAUUGUGUGCAAGUACUGAGCUGGCUGGAGCAGUUGGCUGUUGUGGAGGAGACAAUCAUUGGGAUGGCUUGUUUCUUUUCUUACUGUUUAGAACUCUUGCUUUAUGCUGGAUUUUCAUUUAAGUCAUUUAAAGAGUGCCUGGAAUUCAUACAACGCAAUGAAAAAAACUGCAUCCUUAUGUCUCAGAACAGCAUCAUGUUGGGGCUGUAUUCAUCCGUGGCCAUUUGGUUUGCCAGACUUCAGCAGUGGGGCAACUUCAAGGAGCCUUUUGAAAAGGCCAGAAGGUUGCUGAGGAGAACUAGCGCCUCAUUCUUUGCUACCAGUGGAUUCUGUAGAUUCUUGGAGUGUGAGAUCCUUAUGCUACGGAAACACCUUGAGGAAAGGCCUGAAUUGGUCUGGGAGACUCGUACUAAGACGCUAAAGGACUUGGACCAGGUUCUCUCUCGAUGCUCCACAAGCCCUAUCUGUUACCCUCGGGUUUACCACCUGAAAGCCUAUAUCCUCCUGGUGUUGGGCAAUGAAGAACAGAGCCAAAUCUACCUAUCCCAAGCAUUCCAACUCUGUGACGUAUAUGGAAACCUCCUGGAGAAAUCCUGGCUGGAGAUCAGCAACGAGUGGUGGUUCACUGCAAAAGGCCCCAUGGAAGACUUAUGGCUGAAGGCCGCACCGGAUUUUCGCAAGUGGGAAAUAGGAAUGACAGAGAGAGACUUUCCAGAGAUCCAUAAAACCAAGUACUUGCUGCGGGUGCCAGCAUUGGAUAUUAACAAUCCUUUCCCAGAACCUGAGAUCCCCGAUGUCUGAGCUGCAUGUAGUUCUGCCCAACUGGAGCACUUUGUAAGCCUUUCUAGCCGGCACUGCCCAAAUUUGUAAGCAUUUAUGAUAUUCCUACGGUACACAUAACACCUGCUCUCUGCAAAGCCCUCUGUAUUUGCUCAUCUCUUCCUUUGGUAAAUG